AUGUCGUGGGAUAUCGAAUUGGAUGAUCAAUUACUACAGGAUCUUUAUGCCUGGAUCGAUACGAUUCCUUUAAGUCGUCCAAAGAAGCAUAUCGAAAAGGAUUUUUCCGAUGGUGUUAUGGCUGCUGAAUUAAUCAAACAUUAUUUUCCUAGUUGGGUUGAUACACACAAUUACGUCGCGUCGAACAGUACGCAGCAGAAAUUGAUUAACUGGGGCCUUUUGAAUCGCAAAGUUCUCUGCAAAUUUGAUAUGAAUAUUCCUGAACAGGUUAUGCGUGGAAUUUGUCUUGGCCGCGCGAGACUGGUGGAAAUCUUUCUAUACAACUUACGAAAUCGAAUCGAUGAUUGUCUAUCAGGAGAACAACCAAAAUCUCAUUCUCCUUCUCGAAAUCGAUCUCAUCCUCAGCAAAACCGAAUGAAUGAAUCGAACAUGAACACAUCACGUCAACGCCGUUCUCCACCGUCACAAUAUGAUCAACCUUCACCAGCAUAUCAGAGAAAUGAACCGAAAAAUACCGGAUAUGGAGGACAUGUAGCAAAGAAAUCGACUUCAAUGCAAAAUUUAACGACAGAAAUGGUUAACCGUGCGCAUUAUAACGAGAAGGAACAAGAAUGUCAAGCGAAAGAUCAACAAAUUCAAGUUUUACAAGCAAAAGUUCAUCGCCUGGAACAAUUACUCCGCUUAAAAGAUGUUCGUGUGGAUGAUUUAUCAGAUAAGCUUGAACAAUCACGAAAUUUUGCCGGUGGUCACGGAGGAAGAUCUAAUCGUCAACAAUAUACUAAUGUAUCCAUGAAUGGACGUAAAUAA